GACGACCACCAAACUUUUGAAAAUAGUGGAAUCUCUCUCUCUCUCUAUUAUUAUACACAGAAUCUGAAUCCUCUUCUCCUCCAUCAGAAAUUUUGAACUCUCUCUCUCCGUUAUCCCUUGAGCUUCAAUCCUCUCGCAUUUACGUAUACGUUAUGCACCAAUAAGAAGAUCAUCAUCGUAGAUCGUGAUUGAAGCGCGAGAGAGAUAAGAAAAAGUUAAGAGAGGCGUGAAGAUGAGCGAGGGGCAGAAGUUCCAGCUGGGAACAAUAGGCGCUUUGAGUUUAUCCGUUGUAUCGUCUGUGUCCAUCGUGAUCUGUAACAAGGCGCUUAUUAGCACCCUUGGCUUCACCUUCGCGACUACUUUGACUAGUUGGCAUCUAUUGGUCACGUUUUGUUCCCUUCAUGUGGCACUAUGGAUGAAGAUGUUUGAACACAAGCCUUUUGAUCCACGAGCUGUGAUGGGAUUUGGGAUAUUGAAUGGGAUUUCCAUAGGACUCUUGAACCUCAGCUUAGGCUUUAAUUCCGUUGGGUUUUACCAGAUGACAAAACUAGCAAUCAUCCCCUGUACUGUUCUCUUGGAGACCCUCUUCUUCAGGAAAAAGUUCAGUCGAAAAAUUCAGUUUUCGUUAACCAUCCUUCUCCUUGGUGUUGGGAUUGCAACCGUCACAGAUCUUCAGCUUAAUAUGCUCGGUUCUGUUUUGUCUCUGCUGGCUGUUAUCACAACUUGUGUUGCUCAAAUUAUGACAAAUACCAUCCAGAAGAAGUUUAAAGUUUCAUCCACUCAACUUCUUUAUCAGUCUUGCCCUUAUCAAGCAAUUACACUUUUCGUCACUGGCCCUUUCCUAGAUGGUCUCCUAACCAACCAGAAUGUGUUUGCUUUCAAGUACACUUCUCAAGUUGUGUUCUUCAUCGUCCUGUCCUGCCUAAUAUCAGUCUCUGUAAACUUCAGCACUUUUCUGGUCAUUGGGAAAACGUCCCCGGUCACAUAUCAGGUUCUGGGACAUCUAAAAACAUGCCUGGUUCUAGCAUUUGGCUACGUGUUGCUGAAGGACCCAUUCAACUGGCGCAACAUUCUUGGUAUUAUGGUGGCUGUGCUUGGAAUGGUUGUUUAUUCCUAUUUCUGCUCGGUUGAGACUCAGCAGAAGGCAAGUGAAACAUCAACCCAGUUGCCUCAGAUGAAAGAGAGCGAGAAGGAUCCGUUAAUAGCAGUUGAAAAUGGAAGCGGAGUGUUAUCAGAUGGUGGUGUGCAAAAGGCGGCGGCUCCUGUAUGGAACUCAAAUAAAGAUUUUCAAGCCUAAAGCUAAACAUUUGCCAUCUCUUUUGUAACAGAUGUGUCAGAAGGAAACAAAAGCUUUUAAAAAUUCCUUUUGUUUGUUGGUUCUGUUUUAAAAAUAGAUGGCAAAGCAGAGAAGUAGGGGUGACUGGAAAAAUCAACAGCUUUCCACAACAGUAAUGGAAAAUGGAAGAAAGUAGAGAGUGAGGGGAACACAGCUUUGAUGAUCCAAUUUACUACACAGAUCAGUAUUUUCAGUUUUGGAUUUAGUGUAUUACACACUGAACACAUGUAUUUGAUUUUCAGAUUCCUUUAUAUGUAUAUAUGUCGCUCAGUUCUUGUUUUCUUAUUCUGUUCCAUGUUGACUAAAAUAUCACACUGGAAUAAAGUUCCACGAUUGUUU